UGCUCCACACUCCAUCCUAGUAGGUGGCGGUAAAUGCACCUAAAGCUGGUUUGCCAACCGCCAUAAAACGUCAAAGAAGAAGAAGAAGCACAGGAGGAAUACACGUGUGUUUCCGCACAUGUAUAGAUUUGAUUACUGUUUAAAUAUUUUUGUAUUGUAUUGAUUGACACAACACUGAUGAUGUCUGCGUCCAUAAACAAGGAAACAGACGGCGGAGAUGGUGUUGCGAAGGCAGAAGCUCUCGAUAACGAAGAGGAUUCUCCCAUUGUGAGCCGCACACGGAGUGGUCGCAGACUGCGGACGCCCGCGGCCAAAACUCCCGUCCGCCGGACCAGAAAGUCUGUUGUCCGAGAAGAUCCGGCAGAAAGCACCGAGUCUCGGCAGGAAUCGCCACUCGAUGAAUGUACAGCAGAUACUAAAGGCGAUCAGUGCAGCUCGGUGACAGAACCAGUGUGUCCUGAUGUGUCUACAUCAACACCAGCAGAUGUCAGUCGAGAGUCAGUGCCGGACGCUGCAGAUUUGAUGGGGUCAGAUCAGGCCAGUGAGAAGGAAAAUGUGGUAAAUAACACAGAGACAGAAUCCACUGGUCCCACUGACCCCGAGAAAAGGGCCAAAAAAAGGACUCACUCAGAAUCCACUGAGAAGAAAAGUAAGAUGGUACCUCUUGGGAAACCUAAGUCUGGAAGAGUAUGGAAAGACAGAAAUAAGCAAAGGUUCUCCGCUUUGUUGAGAGACAAACCUCUGCGUACUUCAUGGGAAAAGAAGAUGGAGGCCAAGAGAGAGAAGCAGCUGGUGAAGAAGUACCACCAACAGCUGAAAGAUGAGCAGACCAGAGAGAAAGAGGAGAAAAAGAGGAGGAGAGCAGAAAACCUGAGAAGACGAGCAGAAAAUGAGAGGAAAGCGGAGAUUGUGCAAGUGAUUAAGAAUACAGCAAAGAUCAAGAGAAUGAAGAAGAAACAGCUGAGGAAGAUUGAGAAAAGAGACACGCUCUCAGCGGUGCAGAAAACACCAGCCAGUGUCAAGAAGGGUGCAGGGAAAACAAACAGCAGCUUGUAGAGAUGUGAGAGAAUCUCAUCAAACAUUAACACGCUGUUGUUGAUAUAAAUGUGUAGUGCCUGUUGAAUGAACUGGCAUGUGAACCUCACAAAGGAAAAUACUAGGGACGUGUAAUCAUUUUGGAUCUGUGACUAAGUUGACUGCUUGGGUUGUGAAUCUGCUUUAGGUCUCUGGAUUUGAUGUAAUAUUUGUACAGCAAAUUAAAAAGCAAAUAUGUUUUGAAUUCGUGGAUAAAACCUGUCACCUAUUACAUUUUUUUGUAUGUGAUUGUCACAUUAAAUAAAUGUUUAUAGAUCAAUCAGUCAAUUUC